GGACUAAACACUUAACUUCCGCUGUCUCUGACACCGGACUGAAGUUGUGACUGACAGUUAAUUUCAUGUUUAUUGAUAUUUGAUCUAUCUUUUAGUACAUAUAUCAUACUAUUUUCCACCGGUUUUGCUGUUUGAAGAGCCUAUUUGAACCUUCCAGUCCCUGACCUCAAGAUUUUAGAUGAUUAUGGUGUAGAGAGGAGCGCUGCUUCUGAAAGGACUGGGAGCGCGGGCGGGGCGGGUAGCGUGGUGCCGGGCCAGACCAGGACAGGACCAGGGGAGAACACCAGGCGGUUGGAGCCAUGCUGACCCUGGCCAGUAAGCUGAAGAGGGAGGACGGAGGCAAGCCCAGCCGGGCCUCCGCCACCUCUGACUCCACGCACAGGGUCUCCAUCAGAGACCGCCUGCUCACCAAAGAAGUGGCCGAUCUGGAAGGACACCUCCCCACUACGUGCAAAGCCAAUUUCCCAGAUGAGGACAAACUGCAUCACUUUCACCUGGCCGUCUCCCCCGAUGAGGGCUACUACCAGAGUGGAAGAUUCCAGUUUGAAAUCAACGUCCCAGAAGCCUACAACAUGGUGCCUCCAAAAGUGAAAUGUCUGACCAGAAUAUGGCACCCAAACAUUGCUGAGACUGGCGAGAUCUGCCUGAGCUUGUUGCGGGAACACUCCAUCGAUGGCACAGGCUGGGCCCCAACCCGAUCACUCAAGGACGUUGUCUGGGGUCUGAACUCCUUAUUUACAGACCUGCUGAACUUUGACGACCCACUGAACAUCGACGCUGCAGAACAUCACCUGAGGGACAAGGAGGACUUCCGGAACAAGGUGCAGGACUACAUCAAGAACUAUGCCAGAUGAUAGGAGCACCCGGCUGCACGCCUCUGCUCCUCAGCCAACCAAACAGCUCCGCCCUGCGCCACUCCUCCCCCUGGCUCCGCCCACUUCCAUCUUUGGGCCGACCCCCUUCCCCUAGCGCUUAUCUUAUUGAACAAACACCUUGCUGGUCAACCGUCAACCGCCAACCGUUGCUGGAAUCAAAAGAAUAUGGAUGUAAAAGAAAUGUUAAAAAAACACAAAAAAAAAAACACAGAAGAUAUUGGGGAAAUAACGCUUGGGUGGGAAGGGGGGGCCUAACCCAGACCGUGAUGCCUGUCUGUGGCCCUCCUGCGUCAAGGGACCCCUGCUCCCUGGGUCUUUUGGCCCCUUGAAGUGAGGGGGGGGGGGGGGGGGGGCUUCAGUCGUACUUUCAACUUUCAAGUCAAAUCUCCAAGUCCCAUCAAGACGGAUCGCUUUCUUUCCAAUAACCUGUGAAACUAAGAAAGAAUAUAUAUUGUGUGUUUUCUGCUCCAGUGCCUGCCAAGUUUGUGUUGCUAAAGAGAAGUAGACAUCUCAAAUAUAUAAACAUGCCAGCAUGCACACACAUGCACAUCCACACAUAUAUACACACAAUGUCCUGUACUGCAGUGGGUUCACACACACAAGUACAAACGUUAAAUACACACUCAACAUGGCACACACCCACAAACACACAUCCAGCGAUACCCGUGCCCUUACAUUGUGAAGCCUGAUGGCCUGCACCCAUGUGACCAGACCACUUUACCUCGGUCUGUGAUCCCACAUGCACACACACACACACACACACACACACACACACACACACACACACACACACACACACUGGGUUUGGUGAUUGCCGCGUGUACUCUGGGUCAGGCUUGCGCGUCACCUAUUGAAUGUGUUGAGCUAAUUUAAAUUGUCGUGAUAAGACGGAAUCCGCCACGGCUGCAUGGCAACAACACACGUUUGUUUGGGUGAAUAAUGCAUGGACAAGCUAAAUGAAAAGGCAAAGUAGAAGCGUUGCCUUGGUCCCCGGCGCGCUCCAGUGUGGAUUAGUCUGGGUUCCAUAUUGACCGUGCGUCGGGAUCCCGUGGCAACCGCUGACGUCCGCUCCUCCUCAGACCCUCUGAAGAAGAGGAGGUGGAGGAGGAGGAGGAUUAAGAGCAGACCGUACUCACUCAAUCAAUGUGCUGUAGGGGUAGUGAGUUGCCGCGCUAAAAUGCCACACGGCUUAGGUCACGUGUUCGCUGUGUUAGACGGGAGCUGAUUGAAUGGAUGGGUGUGUGUGUGUGUGUGUGUGCGUUUGGAUUUACAUAUUCUUGUGUGUGUGUUGACUUUCCAAUUGCUCUCAUCGUGUGUGUAAGGGUUUGGCUGUGUUUUUUGUGCGCAGCUUGUGUACGUCAACCCCACAUGUAAUGAAUUUCCUUUUUGGAUAUUCAUCCCUGUGCAUGUGAAAAGUUAACAAGGUGAGGGGAUUGUCAUGAGCUCCUUCUGCUAAUGGCUGAGGUGUGUGUGUGUGUGUGUGUGUGUGUGUGUGUGUGUGUGUGUGUGUGUGUGUGUGUGUGUGUGUGUGUGUGUGUGUGUGUGUGUGUGUGUGUGUGUGUGUGUGUGUGCUUGAAUAUGUCUGUGCGUAUGUCUUUAUAUGUGUGCAGAGCCAGGCAUUCAAUUUUGAGCAUGUGCAUAUAGGCUACAGUAUGUGUGUGUGUGUGUGUGUGUGUGUAAACCAUGUGUAGCAUGAAUAAGAGAUCAAACAAUGUGAUCAAUUGUAUCCUUCAUCACUGAUCGAUCUGCAUUCAAAAUCAAACCAUACGAUGACGUGGAGGUAAUUCAAAAGCUUCUUUCGGCUAAAUGAAUAAAUCAUGAGGAAACGAUACAGAACAA